CGUUUUUCGGUCUGCCUGAGAUAGACUGGAGAGAAUGGCUGCCAGUGCAGAGGUAGGGAAGCUGUUACAAGUUCAGAAUGGGACACCAAGCACCAACUACAACGGGGUAGAUGCCAUACACGCCUGCAAUAUCCUUCAGCAGCUCAAAGCUUUGUAUGAUGAAGCUCAGCUCACAGACAUUGUCGUAGAAGUGGACCAUGGCAAGACGUUCUCGUGUCACCGGAAUGUUCUUGCUGCUAUCAGCCCCUAUUUUAGGUCCAUGUUCACCAGUGGCCUUACAGAGAGCAGCCAACGGGAGGUCAGAAUUGUUGGGGUGGAAUCGGAAUCUAUGCACCUCGUUUUAGACUAUGCCUACACGUCCAGGGUCACGCUCUCAGAGUCCAAUGUCCAGGCCCUGUUCACCGCAGCCAGCAUUUUCCAGAUACCUGCCCUGCAGGACCAGUGUGCCCAGUUUAUGAUCAGCAGGCUCGACCCCCAGAACUGUAUAGGGGUUUUCAUGUUUGCAGAUGCCUACGGGCACCAGGAGCUGACGGAACGCUCACAAGACUACAUCCGCAAAAAGUUCCUGUGUGUUUCAAGAGAGCAAGAAUUCCUCCAGAUGACCAAGGAGCAGCUGGUCAGCAUUUUAAACAAUGAUGACCUCAAUGUGGAGAAAGAAGAGCAUGUCUAUGAGAGCAUAAUCCGCUGGUUGGAGCAUGAUCUAAAUGGCCGUGAGGCCCAUCUUGCAGAGGUGUUUUCCCAGUGCAUCCGUCUGCCUUUGCUGGAUGACUCCUUCCUCAGUCGGAUACCUGCAUCGUUUGCUUGCGCCCUUUCCCUGUCGAAAGACCCUAUUGAGGCAAAAGCCUGCCUCACUGGCACCAAUGGUUGCUCCCAGCGCCUGGGAAUGACUGCUUCUGAGAUGGUCAUCUGCUUUGACGCCGCUCACAAACACUCAGGGAAGAAGCAGACGGUACCUUGCCUAGACACAGCCACAGGGAGGGUGUUCAAGCUGUGCAAACCACCCAACGAUCUCAGAGAGGUUGGUAUCCUGGUGUCCUCAGAAAAUGACAUCUACAUUGCUGGGGGAUACCGACCAAGUAACAGUGAGGUGUCCAUAGACCAUCGGGCAGAGAGCGACUUCUGGCAGUAUGAACAUGCGGGAAAUCGAUGGUUACCACAUGCACCUCUUUUGAGAGCGAGAAUUGGCUGUCGACUGGUACACUGCUGCGGGAAGCUUUAUGCAUUGGGUGGCAGAGUGUAUGAGGGCGAUGGCCGAAAUGCAUUAAAGUCUGUUGAAUGCUAUGAUGCCAGGGACAACUGCUGGACGGCUGUGAGUCCAAUGCCAGUGGCCAUGGAGUUUCACAGCGCCGUGGAGUACAGAGAUCGAAUCUAUGUCCUCCAAGGUGAAUAUUUCUUCUGCUUUGACCCUCGCAAGGACUACUGGAGUCAUCUUUCCCCGAUGAGCGUCCCUCGAAGCCAAGGUCUGGCUGCCCUCUAUAAGAACUGCAUUUACUACAUCGCCGGUAUCUGCAAGAAUCACCAGCGUACAUUCACUGUGGAAGUCUACGACAUUGAAAGGAACAGCUGGGGCCGUAAACGGGAUCUGCCUUUUGACCAAGCCACAAGCCCAUACAUCAAAGCCAUGGUGCUGCAAGGCAAACUGCACCUCUUUGUACGGGCUACGCAGGUCAUGGUGGAAGAGCAUGUGUUUCGCACUAGCCGCAAGAACUCCCUUUACCAGUAUGACGAUGAGGCUGACGUAUGGACCAAAGUCUAUGAGACGCCCGACCGCCUCUGGGAUUUGGGCCGCCAUUUUGAAUGUGUGGUGGCCAAACUCUAUCCACAGUGUCUACAGAGGGUGCUCUGAUGUAGCUUGGCUUGUUGUGUGAACCUAAUCUGUGAGGCAGAGGGAGUGGUGUGGUCCUGCCUGCCUUGUGCCUGGUGUUACCUUGGGUUUGCACCACAAAGACCAUUUUUUUUGAUACGUCUUAAGCCGUUAAACCUUUUGGUUUGACAAGAUCAAGACAGGGGUGCUUUUAAAGAUUGCAGUAUUUUUUUUUUCCAGACAGCACAAACUACCCACACUGAUGCUUGCUCUAGAAAACCGUACAAUGAAUCAUAAGUGCAAUUAUACAACUUGUUUUACUUAUUGUUGAGCCAUGCUGUUGUCAUUUGUUUUCGAUACAUAGGUGAGAAUCUACAAAAGCAUGUAUACAUGGUGUGCACUCUGGAGAUAUAAAUGCUACAUCUCAACAUAAAGUAAAAUUCUAUAAAUAUAUAAAAAUAUUAAAUGUAUAUUCAUACGGGUAAGGUGAGUACCAUUGCUCAUUAUUAGCUUGCUGGCUCUGAGGUUUGUGUGCAUCCCUCCACCACCUUCCAAGUCAAAUUUCUCAAGCUCCUCUAUAGGAGACCUAAUUUUGAAGUGUGGUGUUGAUUUACAGUAAUUUUUGAAACUUGUAUGACAUUUUUAUGUCACUUGCUCUUCCUCCACAAGCGUUGGUGUGUCAAACAAUACACUGUGUGUGGCUUCUGAGCUAAUUUUACAUUUUGUUUUAGAUUCCAGUUGUAUGGGGGCUCGCACCUCCCACCCUUUCAGUUGGUGUCCAUUUUGUGUCACACGUGAAGAGAAUUUGUGAUGUGUAUUUUUGGAAUAUUCCCUCUUCACAUUGGAGAAAUGGCAAGAGUGAACUUUGUGUCAGCAUUAAGUGGGAUGUUCAGACCAACUACAAGGCUUACCUCAGACUUCAGAGAUAUUCCAUUGGGAGGAGAAAAACAAGGACAUUUUUCAGGACAUUUUGUGUUAAUGAAGCAAAAGCAUUGAUCUCUGUAUGGGUUGCUUUCUGGAGUGUCAUUUUAACCAGUUAUGAAAGGUUAAAACAACCUUCCACCUAAAUGCUAAAAUGCAUUUUGAGGUCUUGUAAUAAUCUGGAAGUUGGAAAGAAUUUUGUAGUAGCAAUAAUUCUUGGAACUGUGAUUAGGCUAUGUCUUUAUAUGAUUUAGGUGAAAGUGUGUUGAUUAUUUUAUGUGCUAGUCUGGUAGUGAAAUCACAUUAGUUCCACUGGUGCGUGGGUACAGGCUUGAAAUGACGUGUGGUGCAGAUCACUCGCGAUGCCGACGCACCUGUGGCUGCAAGAAGGGAGGCAUCACAGUCGAAAAGUGUUCCUCCUGAUGAACAAUAUCUGAAAAGUCUUAACUCAGCAUUGCAGUGAGUCACUCUACACUUCAACAGACGUGAAAUGCAGACUCUGAAAAGCAGAAGCACCCUUGUGAAAAGGCCAUAAAGGCCUUUUCACGCCACCACCAGUGGACUAACAAUUGGUGCUGCUUUCAAUUUUCUUUGUUUUUUGACAAUCUUUUACAGAAGUAAUACAACAGCUAAGUAGCGUUUCUCUACCUGUGACAUUUUCAGUACAGUACUGUCAAUUUUGUCACACAGGUUCCUGUGUCAUCUUUGCACUAGUACAAAAAAGUGGCCCACAUUCUGAAAGAGCUGCAGUAACCUUAUUGCAAUCAUCCAAUAAAAUUACAUGCAAAUCAAGCAUUCAUAAAAAAAAAAUUAAAAUACCAUGAAAUUAAUACCAGAGGAGACUGGCCUGACUUUCGAGGCUCAGUUCAGAGUUGAUGUUAAAGCUUCAUUCAUGCAAUUUAUAGUUGAACGAGCAAUGGAGAACUCUCAGGAUUUCUACUGAAACAGUACUGUAUUUUUUAAAUUGAUUUUGUUAUGUGUAAUAUACUGUACUAUAGGUUUGCUGUACUUGCACAGUUUUUAAACUUCAGUUUCUUUUAUAACUUGAAAAGUAGAUGUUUUGUUUUUGUUGUCUUCAGUGGCUUUCCCCAUUUUUGUUAUUUCCUAUUUAGUUAUGGUAGAUUAAUCCUGCUCUGAGAUUACCUGAAGGAGUAAUACAUUUGAAUUGCUGUAGACUGUAGUACAGUAACAUCUCACCAAAUAUAAGCAUUACAAAUCAAGAAACUACAUUUUUAACACCACUCAUAAAUUACAGUACAUCAAGCUAAUAAUGCUAUUCUUUGUUGAAGAGUUAAUGGUUCUGGGCUGCAGUAAAAAGCUAGCUCUCAUCAAUUUAGUGCAUCCCGGUGCCAGUUUACGAUAUUCCUCAUGCUUUUCUUUUCUCCACUUUGCUGGUUUGUCUCUUUUUGGGGUUAUGGUUUAUCGUGGUGAUUGAGCUCGACUGUGAAAUUCACGUUGCACAUAACUUGAAAAUAAAACAA